AUGCCGGUGGAAGUGAUGGGACUGGAGGAUUCGCAUGCACUUGAACGGCCGCUGUUGAGGUCUCAUAAGGCACUCCCUCGGCGGGGCAUAACCAUACCCAGUAUCGAAGUUAUCCAACCGGUCUCGCCGGAUCAUAAUGGGACACUUAACGCGACACCUGCACCACCCUUGACUCCUCCCGGCCACGACGUCGACCGAACUCCCCGGAAGAUGGACUCGUCCCUGUCCGACCUCACAACUGGGAUGUUGACCCCUCGCCGCGCCUCAAAGCCGCCGACACCUGAAGUGACACCUCCUCGAACGAACGCGAAUAAGCGACCUCUGUUGAGCCAGUUUGUGCAUGUUUCCUCAUCAUCGCGAGCCGAAUCAUUCCAAACGGCAAACGAGAACAUCUCUUCGUCUGAUGACAUGGACACCCCGGGGCGCUCGUCUCAGACCACGACUCAGACACCGAGACAAAGAAAGCCAUCAAAGCCACCGACCGCAACUGGGUCCCAUUCAUAUUUCACCAGCGCGAGAGAAUCUCCACUGGUUUCUCAACAGCCCAGCGACACUGAAUACGAAACUGGAUUCGAGACUUUUGAUGGAGAUUGGACUAUGAACACGAUGGAUGACUCUCCCACACCAGCUGGGAAGCGAAAAUCUGCACGGAAAUAUCCUCAGCUGAACGAUCAGCCAUGUCUGGACAAUAAUAGAUUGGAUGUGAAACACUUAGAUGCGUCUUUGAUGCGGGAGAAGAAGCUGCGAGAUCGCGUUCAUGGUGCGCAUGAACUGACGAACAGUUCAUCUAUGGAGCGAUUCCGUGAAGAGAUCGGUUGGCCAUCACCAGAAGAUCCAACCAAACAUGGCGAUCCUGUAGCCCGUCCUUUGUCAGACAUCUCGUCAACAUCAACCGUCUCGGCGAUGAUCAUCGACUCUCCCAAACGAGCCCAGCGAAUGCUCCGGCAUACUGAAAAGCGAAGCUCGUUGCGAUCUGCCAGCUCUCCGAUCACCCACUCCGAGCGUACCUCUUAUGUGUCUCUUCCCGAAUCGCAACAUCGAUUGGUCCACAAGCCCGCGCGCAUUUCCGAACAAGGCUAUCGAAGCGCAUCAUCAGGGAGGUCAUUCUCGGCCAAGACUAGCAACAGCGCAAUCAACCCCAACAUCGAAACUAUCAAGGUGGUGGUUAUACCGGAGCGAAGUUCAUCCCUCAACUCUGGCCGCAACAGCUUUUCUUCUUCUAAGCCGGGUUCUCAGCGAUCGAGCCGUCGUCCCCCGACUACCUCGACUGGUCACGUAGACGUCCCACGACAGAAGAAACGUACCAUGUCUGACUCGGUGUUCACACACUCUCGCGCGACUGAUUCGAGAAGUCGUUCUAUCGGUCGACCUGUCAUUCCACCCCGAAGUUCAUCGCUUUCAGCGCCAACGAGUCGGAACAAUUCUCGCGCCACCUCUCUUACCUCAGCCAGUUUGCAAAGCCACAAUAUGGCCAUGGAUCUUGAAAUGCAAAAGCGUCGUGAUCAGCAGCCAGUGUCUCCGCCUCGCCAUAACGUUCUGUCUUAUGACCCUAGCGACUUUCUUGAAGUUCCCAACAUGCAUGCAUUUGCAACCGCUGAUGAUAUGACCUUGCAUCCUCCCUCUUUGCCGUUCACCGGAGGAUCAAUCCCGUCGUCUUCGCCAGGGCCGAUAGAAAUCCAGGAGGCCACAGCUGUCAGCUUUUUUGCACACCACAACCGAUCCCUGCUACUUGUUGAUCCUAGAAUGCAGUCGUCCAGACGUCCUCUCCAAGGGGUUGGAAUCUCCAAUGGUCCAGUCUAUCUCCACACACCAGACAAUCCAAUUCAGCCAGGAAUGAUAACUGUCGACUCGCCGUUGAAGAACCCUCGCCCUCCACCCAAGCCACCAGUGGCGAAGCCUCUUCCUCCGAUCCCCAUACAAGAAGGUGAAAAAAGCUCGGACGAAAACAAAGGUCUCAACCGACGAUGGAGCUCAGUACGUCGCACCUGGAACGCUCGCCCACGAUCCGAAUCCUUCAACACCAUAGCACGAUCAUUCUCUAUGAAAUCAGCAAAGAACCGAACAACAGGAAUGGAAAUGGACAGUCGCCUAUACCCCUUCUGGCGACCUCGUCCAUUCUGGGAAGGCGUAUCCGAUUCUCCUAACAAGAACGGCUCGCCAACCCGCCAGCUACCCCAGAACCGAAACGACUCCUUGGUAGUAAACAACACUCUCGGCCUUCCCCAGCAGCGAAUCAUCUUCGACGGCCCGCCCGCGUACGCACGCCGCAGCCCAGAAAUGAAACGCCUUUUCAACGGAAUGACCAGCAACGGCAGCUUAGUCGACCCAAGCAUUUUCCGCACUGCAUCGCCACUACACCCAUCUCGCUUCCGGGCCCUCUCCCGCUGGGGCUUGCGUGUCCAGUCGAUGUCCUGGCGCAAUACGCGCAACAGCCUUCGACGUUUGCGCCAGCGCCGUGAAGAGCGCAAGCGUGCCGUCCGAAGAGAAACCCUCAAGCAGAGUAUCGGUGGCCCUGUCUAUGUAGCAUCCAGCGCUACUACCGGGGUUGCCGGGCGGCAAUGA